UCAUCAGCGCGCGCCUUCGAGCUGAAAGGAGGACGCAGUAAAUUGACCUUCUUACCUGCUGGUUCUGAAGUCUAAAGCGAACAUUGAAUGUUUUUCAGCGGCAUUAUUUGAUUUUCUGUUUGAUCAGACACACGCGCAGCUAUGCCUACGGUGGAAGUCCCGACGCUGGAGGACCUGAGUGUGCAAGAGGUGAAUGUGUCAUCAGCAGUACUGAAAGCUGGCGCCCACCACUAUGGUUUCCAGUGUGACAAACCUAACAAGGAGUUCAUGCUCUGCCGCUGGGAGGAGAAAGACCCUAGAAAGUGCCUAGAAGAAGGGAAAAAAGUCAACGAGUGUGCACUCAGUUUCUUCAGGCAAAUCAAGGGGAACUGUGCUGAAUCCUUCACUGAGUACUGGACGUGUUUGGAUUACACAAGCAUGAUGGAAUUUCGACAUUGCAGAAAGCAGCAGCACGUUUUUGAUAAUUGUGUCCUUGAAAAACUGGGCUGGGAGAGACCUGAACUGGGCGACUUGUCUAAGGUGACAAAGGUGUCAACCACCCGGCCCGUGCCCGAGAACCCAUACCAUUCUCGAGAACGCCCUGAACCCAACCCAGUGAUUGAGGGUAAACUGGAUCCUGCCAAACAUGGGUCGAGAACGUAUUUCUGGAGCCCGUGAGCAAGCUCCACAAAGGUGUUCAGCUCAUCUUGCAAAGCCAUGAACUCUGUCCAGAAACACCCGGAGACGCUCAGCUGUUGAAAUUCCUCAGGUGCAAGUGUGAACAUUAAGAUUGUCCCUGGUUGGCGUGAGGUCUGUGUGUUUGCUUUUGGACAGGGCACAUGAACAUCCACGGAAAGAAGGACGGGAAGAAUUUGACAUUAAGUUGAUGAAUCUAUCCAGCUUUCCACUUAUGUAAAUGUAAUCAGCAAAAUAAUAAUAAAAAUAUAAAAUAAAAUACCUAUGCUGA